AUGUUCGCUGUAUUUCUAGAAGGCUGUAAAUUCCGUAAAUCGGAGGCAUGUAACUUAUUUGGUGCCCAUUCAUUCGCUUUUCACCAAAACCACAGCAUGGGCUCCAUCGUCGACCAACACGAAGAAUACCAGUAUCUCAACCUGAUCCGACGCGUGAUCGACACGGGAGAGACGCGUCCAGACCGCACAGGCACGGGCACCAUCGCCAUCUUCGCCCCACCAAACCUGCGCUUCUCUCUCGCUAACUCCACCCUCCCGCUCCUCACGACGAAACGGACCUUCCUGCGCGGAAUCGUGGAGGAGCUUCUGUGGUUCAUCCACGGAUGCACUGAUUCCACGGUCCUCAGCAGCAAGGGUGUCAAGAUCUGGGAUGGGAAUGGCUCGAAGGCAUUCUUGGAGGGCCGUGGGUUGGGCCAUCGACGUGAGGGCGACCUGGGACCUGUGUACGGCUUCCAGUGGAGGCAUUUCGGUGCUGAAUACAAGGAUUGUGAGGCGGGUUACACGGGCCAAGGCGUCGAUCAGCUGCGGGAGUGCAUCCAGAAGAUCAAGGAGAACCCGACGGAUCGACGUAUCAUCCUCAGUGCUUGGAACCCGAGAGACAUCCCACUCAUGGCCCUCCCACCAUGCCAUAUGAUGUGCCAAUUCUACGUGCACCUUCCACCUGCAUCGAACCCAACCGCGAAGCCGAAACUUUCAUGUCUAAUGUUCCAACGCUCCGCGGAUCUAGGCCUCGGGAUCCCUUUCAACAUCGCGUCGUAUGCGCUCCUUACCCAUAUGAUGGCGCACGUAACUGGCACAGAAGCCCACGAACUAAUUAUCCAGCUUGGGGACGCGCAUGUCUACCGUGAUCACGUCGACGCAUUGGAGGAGCAGCUCAAGCGCGAGCCGAAGCCGUUCCCGAAGAUCAGAUGGGCGAGGGAUGACAUCAAGGACAUCGAAGAUUUCGUGUACAGUGAUUUUGUGGUUGAGGGGUACAGCUGCCAUCCCAGCAUCGCGAUGAAGAUGAGCGUUUGA